AUGGCAGCUGAGCUAGUCAAUGCUGCAACAAAUGAGAAACUUAAAGAAAUUGAUUGGACGAAAAAUAUUGAAAUCUCUGAAUUAGUUGCUCGUGAUCAAAGGAAAGCUAAAGAUGUUGUUAAAGCUAUAAAAAAGAGAUUGGGUAACAAGAACCCCAACACUCAACUUUAUGCUGUCAUGUUGCUGGAAAUGUUGAUGAACAACAUAGGAAAUCAUAUUCAUGAACAGGUGGUUGUUGCCGAAAUUAUUCCUAUUCUUGUGAAGAUUGUAAAGAAAAAGUCAGAUUUGCCUGUCAGAGAGCGAAUAUUUCUCCUACUAGAUGCAACUCAAACAUCCCUUGGCGGUGCUUCUGGAAAGUUUCCGCAGUAUUAUAAAGCAUAUUAUGAUUUGGUGAGUGCCGGGGUGCAAUUUCCUCAAAGAGCUCAACAUGUUAAAUCAAAUUGUCCUAGUUCAGAACCACAUAGGACUAAUAAUGUACCCAAAAGGGAGCAGGUCCCAUUUAGAGACGGAGGUGUUCCUCAAAAAGCAGAACCCAACACUGUUCCUGAAUCUAGCAUCAUCCAAAAGGCUAGUAAUGCAUUGGAAGUUCUAAAAGAAGUCCUUGAUGCCAUUGAUGCCAAGCAUCCUCAGGGAGCAAGAGAUGAAUUCACCCUUGACCUUGUUGAGCAGUGUUCAUUUCAAAAGCAGAGGGUAAUGCAUCUUGUGAUGACUUCUCGAGAUGAUAGGAUAGUUUCCCGAGCAAUCGAAGUGAAUGAGCAGCUUCAAAAAGCUCUAGAUAAACAUGAUGACCUUCUUUCUAGCAAGGUUACGACAACCGUGAAUCACUUCGAAGAAGAAGAGGAGGAAGAAGAACCCGAACAGUUAUUCAGAAGAUUACGCAAAGGAAAAGCUUGUGUAAAGCCUGAAGAUGAAGAAACUGAACCUCAGUUCCCUCAAUUGAGUUUGCUUGAAGAGAGACUCAACCGUCCACUAAUACGACCACUAGAACCAUCUCAGGCAGCUCAUGCUUGUCCUGUACCUGUUGUAGUUCCACCUCCAAGUGCAAAGCUUCCUGCCGUUACAAUACCACCACCACCUUCAAAGCACACCGAGAGAGAACGAUAUUUUCAGCAUAAUAAGGACAGUGGCACUUUGGCUGGCCACAUCAGAGGCCCCUCUUUACAUAGUCGCAAUGGCAGCAGCUCUCAGAGUGGAAGCUUUGAUUUUAGUGAUUGA